AUGUUUGUAUGGGGCAGACCCACCCUGGGUAAAGCCGCCGGGAUCCAUGGAUUGAUGUAUCAUGUUAUCCACCGAUGUUUCUUCCGUCUUCUUCCUUCAUCUCACCUCGCCAAGGUUCUCGGAGUGAAGAAAACGGUCAAAACAAGAGGAACGCCGUCGACUGAGCAACUUUUCAUGUCGUCCGACAUUGGGGCCGUCGGACUCCACCAAGACGAAGGCGGGGGCAUGGUUUGCCUUGAUGCUCCGCAAUCGUCAGCGUUUACUACCGUGGCACAUGGGGGCAAUGAUGAGAAUCGUGAGCCGUAA